AUGCUGAAAUAUGACGAAGAACACAAUUAUAAACCAUUGGAAUUUCAACCUGUUCAAUUAGACAGAUACACGGUAUUAUUAAGAGAUGGUGAAACAACAGCUACUAUUUAUCCUAUUUUUUCGGUAAAUGAGUUGCCUGAUGGAUUAUUAGCAUUUCUUUGUGAUGAAAUGAAUAUGGAGAUUGAAGCUGGAGAAACUUCAACUUUUUUUGAACCCCUUGAUUUAGAACUGUUCCAAAAUUAUUGGUUUAAUCAUUUCGCUGCUGUGAUGAUUUUAGGUGAUAAUCCAAGAUUAGAAGGUCCCAAACAAUGGGAGAAAGAAUGUCUUGGAAGUUUUUAUAUCAAACCAAGUUAUCCUGGUAGAUCAGGUCAUAUUUGUACCGGAAGUUUUAUUGUCAAUGCAGGGAUUAGAGGUAAAGGUAUUGGUCGUACUAUGGUUGAUUGUUAUCUUCAAUGGUCACCAAGAUUAGGUUAUACAUAUUCUUUAUUCAAUUUAGUAUUUGAAACGAAUGUACCUGCUAGAAGAGUAUUAGAAUCUACUAAUUUCAAAAGAGUAGGGAGAGUAAAAGGAGCCGGGAUUUUAAAAGGUCAUGAAACAGCUGUUGAUGCUAUUAUGUAUGGUAGAGAAUUGGUAAGUAAUCCAGAUCCUUCGAUCGGUGCUUAUAGGUUCGAUAAGAUCAAAUUUUAUCUUGAAACUGGUAGAUACCCAGCUAUGGCAGAUAGACAAGAGAAGUCAAGAUUAAGAAGUUCUAGUAGUCAUUAUAGAUUAGAGAAUGGCAAAUUAAUGUUAAAGGAUAAAGAAGUAGUAGCUGAUCCUGUCAGACAAAUUCAAAUUUGUACUGAAUAUCAUUUGAUGAAUCAUGGAGGUAUAAAUAAGACUACAUCAGCAGUGGCUGAGAAGUACCAUUGGUCAAGAAUUAAAGAUACGGUAGCAGCAGCAAUUAAAAGUUGUGCUGAAUGUAGAGAUCAAUCAGGAGAUCCAACGAUAGUCAAACGUUUUAAUAAACCUCGUACUGUACCAUCAACUUCCACAGUAGUUAACAAUAAUCCUCCUAAUAAUAGAAGAAUUCAUAAAGUUAUACAAUCUCAACCAAAUAAUCCAAAUGCCCGUAUUAUUAAAAACAGAUUACAAGUUGAUGAUAUCGUUCAUCUUCGUGAUGAGUCAGUUUUAUCAUCCCAAGACUUAUCCGCAUUAGAUGAUAAUAUCAUUGCAGCUGUUGAAGCAGCUCAAAGAUCACAAUUAAGAAAUGCCAACCCCCAAAGUUAUGCUCAAGCAGCAGCUCAAGGAUCAGAAUUCCAAUAUUCUAAUGACUAUUAUAAAAGACAAAAUGAUAUUCCUGUUGAUCCUGAUGUUGAAUUUGCUAGUCAUAAAUAUGAUAAUCGAGAAGAUCUUGAAAUAGCUAGAGCUUUAAUUCAAGCUAAUGAAGAUAAUCACGAUGAAAAUGAAGAAGAUAAAGAUAAAUAUGUUCUUUAA